UUGAAGGAUCGAUAUGUGCACAUUACUUGCAUCGAGAAACAUCACAUUUUUGCAGUCACUAUUUCAAGCAUUUGAUGUUAACUCCAAGAAUCAUUCGAAAUCCUGUCAAUGUUAGUGAAAGGAGUCAAUUCACUUUAUCGGUCUUCGGGCUUCCAGGCCGUCCAUCUGGAAAAAAGGGUGUGCAUUGGUUGACCCAACAAGAAAUGCAAUCUGCCCAUGUUCAUGUCUUGAUCAACUGCGUUGAAGUUAAACCAUUUCUUGAGGAAUUCAACAACACCUAUUUUCAUACUACCGGUGUACAAUCAACAUCUGGUGUCAUCCAUGCUCAAUUCCCAGCAUGGUUUAAGGAGAGAAUGUAUAGCAUUGUUGCACCGACUCCCGAAAUACUCCAUUUGAGAAACUUGUCUCAAGGCCCUAUUCAAAGCGCAAAUGAAUGGCACACAUACUUCGUGAAUGGAUAUAAAUUUCACACUCAUACAUGGACUGAAGGGAAAAAGACCAUAAACAGUGGUGUUUUUGUGAAAGGAGUUACAGAUGGUGGUGAAGAUGACUUCUAUGGUUUUGUCAAACAUAUCUAUGAGUUGGUAAAAUGCCACCCCGACUUGAUAAAGAGUCAGGUUAAUCGUAUGUCCAUGGCCAGUACUCAGGGUUUUCUGCCACUACUCUCCUCUCAGUAUCCAUAUGACAGUCCGUCUUUUAUUACCCCACCACCACCUGGUUACCCAUCCUUCCAGCAGACACAGAUGCCCCCAUCCUUCCAGGAGACAUAG